AGUAAAGAAACAAACUGAGAAGCCACACCAAACAACACCAAACAAAAACCAUACCACCGCUCUUACUCAGUUACUCUGACUCUCUCCUCCCCUCCUUUUCAAAUCAAAAUUUUUGGGUUUUUGGGAGAGCGUCACGGCGCCAAAGCCCACCACCACCACCACCCCUAACCUCCCUCCACCAAUCAAACCCCGCCACGUGUCCUCCCCCUUCUCAGAGGACACAUUUUCCUCACGUUUACGUGGGAUCUCCCAACUCUCGCCCCUCACAAAAUAAAAAAUCAUCGGUCAGAACAGAAUUCCUCAAAUUCCCCAAAACGCCAUCGUUUCCCCCGCCGCCAGAUCUCGGCGAAUUCGCAAUGCGAGAGCUCCGAUUAUAGGUCGCCGCCGAUGAGCGAUCAGGUCACCUAGCCUCCUCGCUGAUCUCGCCGGAAGCUUAGGUGAAGAUCGCGAUCUUGAGCUUCCGCGGCCGGCGACUUUAUUUUUUUGUUUUUGUUUUCCUGUUGAAAUCCGCCAGUGUUGCUCCCGAUGUCGUCGAAGGUGGUGUACGAAGGUUGGAUGGUCCGGUAUGGACGGCGGAAGAUCGGCCGGUCCUUCAUCCACAUGCGAUACUUCGUGCUCGAGUCCAGGCUUCUUGCCUACUACAAGAGGAAGCCUCAAGAUAAUCAGGUGCCGAUUAAGACUAUGUUAAUUGAUGGCAACUGUAGAGUAGAAGAUCGAGGCUUGAAGACUCACCAUGGACAUAUGGUUUAUGUUCUAUCUGUGUACAACAAGAAGGAGAAAUACCACCGGAUUACGAUGGCAGCAUUUAAUAUCCAAGAGGCACUACUCUGGAAGGAAAAAAUUGAACUUGUAAUUGAUCAGUGUAUGCAGCAUCAGGGUUCACAAGUCCCAAAUGGUAACAAAUAUGUUUCUUUUGAAUACAAAUCUGGAAUGUAUAAUGGGAGGACUGCUUCAUCGUCAGAUCAUGAAAGUCAGUUCAGUGCACAAGAAGAUGAAGAUGAUCCUCAUCCGAAUUUGUUACGAAGAACUACAAUUGGAAAUGGCCCACCAGAGUCAAUAUUUGACUGGACAAGAGAGAUAGAUUCAGAUCUAUCAAACCAGAAUAUGAACAAUCAAGCAUUUUCUAGAAAGCUUUGGCGUCUUCUCCAAUGCCAAAAUGGACUUCGCAUUUUUGAAGAGCUUCUUGAAGUUGAUUACCUUCCAAGGAGCUGUAGUAGAGCAAUGAAGGCUGUUGGUGUGGUAGAGGCUUCCUGUGAAGAAGUUUUUGAGCUUUUAAUGAGCAUGGAUGGAACUCGGUUUGAGUGGGACUGCAGUUUCCAGUACGGUAGCUUAGUGGAGGAGGUAGAUGGCCAUACAGCAAUUCUCUAUCAUCGACUACAGCUGGACUGGUUCCCAAUGUUUGUCUGGCCUCGCGAUCUUUGCUAUGUUCGCUAUUGGCGUCGAAAUGAUGAUGGGAGUUAUGUUGUGUUAUUUCGUUCUAGGGAACAUGAAAACUGUGGUCCCCAGCCCGGAUAUGUGCGGGCACAUAUUGAGAGUGGAGGGUUUAAUAUUUCUCCUUUGAAACCUCGAAAUGGGAGACCCAGAACGCAGGUUCAGCAUCUUAUGCAGAUCGAUCUGAAAGGAUGGGCUGUGGGUUAUGUAUCAUCAUUUCAGCAGCAUUGUGUCCUUCAGAUGUUAAAUAGUGUUGCUGGAUUACGUGAAUGGUUUGCUCAAUCAGAUGAACGAAGUGCUCCUUCAAGAAUCCCAGUAAUGGUCAAUAUGACUUCUGCAUCCGUUUCAUCACAGAUGAGUCAAAAACUAAACGAGGAUCAAGUAAAUUCUGCAAACCGAAAUUCAGUGAUGAUUGAUGAAUACUCUGAUGAGGAUGAAGACUUUCAAAUUGCUGAGGCCGAGCAAGAGGCAUACCAAAAUGGACACGAGAGUGAAGUCAGGAAAAUAGAAGAAGAACCAGCGGCACAAAUUGACUUAUCCUGUUUUUCGGGUAAUCUACGGCGUGAUGACCGUGAUAAAGCUCGUGAUUGCUGGAAAAUUUCUGAUGGCAACAACUUCAGAGUCCGUAGCAAGCAUUUUUGUUACGACAAAACAAAGAUUCCUGCAGGAAAACAUUUAAUGGAUCUGGUAGCAGUUGAUUGGUUUAAAGACACAAAGAGGAUGGACCAUGUUGCAAGGCGUCAAGGAUGUGCAGCACAAGUUGCCUCUGAAAAAGGGCUUUUCUCCAUUGUCAUAAAUCUGCAAGUCCCUGGAUCAACGCACUACAGUAUGGUAUUUUAUUUUGUGACAAAGGAAUUAGCACAUGGUUCCCUGUUGCAACGGUUUGUUGACGGUGAUGAUGAGUUCCGAAAUAGUAGGCUAAAGCUCAUCCCAUCAGUUCCGAAGGGUUCAUGGAUUGUUCGACAGAGCGUUGGUAGCACUCCAUGUUUGUUAGGAAAAGCAGUCGAUAUCAACUAUAUUCGUGGUCCCAAGUACUUAGAAAUUGAUGUUGACAUUGGUUCUUCAACUGUUGCUAAUGGUGUCCUGGGGCUGGUAAUUGGUGUGAUUACGACAUUGGUGGUUGACAUGGCAUUCCUUGUACAGGCAAACACUACAGGUGAAUUACCCGAGCGGCUAAUUGGUGCCGUACGUGUUUCUCACAUAGAGCUCUCAUCUGCCAUAGUCCCUAAGCUGGAUCCAGAUCCGUCUUGACUAACCGAAAGCAUUUCUCCCAACUGAUUUCAUACAAAACCAUUUGUUCCGAUAUGCAUGUGAUGCGUCCUGAUUUCAUUGCUAUAUCUCAAGUUGAGCAAUGAAUAUCAUCAGUUUUUUCAAGUGAGAUUUUUGCAUAAAUAGUGAAAAGGAGCGUGUUCAUUGGCAAUAAGGUUACAGCACCACGUUUAUUUGUUUAUAUAUAUAUAAAUAUUUUUUCCUCAAGUUGAAUUCAUUAUUGUCCAUUCUAUACUUGUUCACGUGUGUAUCCACAAACAAGUCAUAGAUGUCAAGUGAUUUUGAUUUGGCAGGGAAUUGGCUUCAUGGUACAGGUGGCGAUAGCUAAUUUUUGUGGGGAGAAAACGUUUAUUAAAUUGGAGGCACUAAUGACUAAUUUUGUUCACCAAUUGAAAUGGCAGCUUCAUAAUCUCAAAAUUUGGUGUUAGAACACUAAUUAUUUUUAUUACUUUGUCUAAGCAAACGAAAGCGGUUUUACUCUACUCCGGGAUAAGAGUGUGGUCUUCAGCUCUAGCAUUCUCUCUUGAACUGUGGUCUGUGGAAGAUAAUAUACUUGAUGAAACUUUUCCUUUUUGCGAAUGCAUUGUUUUUUGUUUUGGUGCUAAGGAAUUAUUUAAGAGACAUUCAUUACGUGAGUUCUGCAUCUUUAUAUGUAAUAUAUGAUUUGUUUGGAAACUACACCUCCCAUAUCUUAAAAGUUAAUUUGAGCAAAAGCCAACUUGAAAAGGAGGAUGAGUUAGAACAUAAAUGCAUGAAUCGAUUUGACAGAUAUUCUCCAAUUAAAUCGCAAAAUUUAAUACUCGAGAAAAUGGAUAGUAAUAGAGAAUCAAUUUUGUUACAAGGAAUAAUGCUUGUUACAAACUAUAACCGUCGAAUCUUAAUCACAUGAUCUCCUCAAAAAAAAAAAAAAAAAAAAAAA